UUGCGACAGCUUCCCUACCUCACCAAUUCGUUCUGCAACUGUCACUACACCUCGCUCAAAAUGGUUGUCCUCGCCGCGUCGAUCUGCACCCGUGGCGGGAAAGCUGUCCUCUCCCGCCAGUUCAGGGAGAUGCCACGAUCCCGCAUCGAAGCCCUCCUCGCGUCUUUCCCGAAGCUGGCCGACAGCGGAACUCAGCAUACGACCGUCGAGCAGGAUAAUGUGCGCUUCGUCUACCAGCCGUUGGAUGAGCUUUACAUGGUCCUCAUCACCAACCGCCAAUCGAACAUCCUCCAAGACAUCGACUCCCUGCACCUUUUCGCACAGGUUGUCACCAGCACAUGCAAGAGCCUCGACGAGCGGGAGAUUGUUAAGAAUGCAUACGAACUCCUCAGCGCUUUCGAUGAGCUGGUCACCCUCGGCUACCGCGAGAACUUGACUAUUAGCCAGAUCAAGACCUUCCUCGAGAUGGAGUCUCACGAAGAGCGAAUCCAGGAAAUCAUUGCGAGAAACAAGGAGCUGGAAGCUACCGAGGAGCGCAAGCGCAAGGCCAAGCAACUGGAAAUGCAGCGCAAGGAGUCGGCUCGCGCCGGCCGCGGCGUUGGCGGCGGUAUGCCCAGGACACCUGUGUACCCGACCUACACUCCGCCUGCCCGCCCGACCACGACGGAUACCUACGACUCGUACGAGGCCGAGAAGAACAAGACAUUUAACAAGCUGAGCGCUCCCAAGGGCAAGGGUAUGCAAUUGGGCAAGAAGUCCAAGACGACCGACAUGUUCGAGCGUGUGCGAGGGGAGAUGGGUGCAGAGGUCGACGACACGCCUCUCAUCACCCCGGCCCCGGCUCAUGUCCCCGAGCCCGCAGCAGAGCCCCGUGUAUCCUCGACUUUGGAUCGCGACGCUAUUCACGUCGUGGUCAAUGAAGCCAUCAGUGCCAAGCUGUCGAGAGAAGGUGCCCUUAACUCUCUGGCGAUAAGCGGUGACCUUAACCUCCGCAUCUCCGACCCCAGCCUGACCAAGGUCAAGCUGAACCUGACGGCGAACGCCACUCACGGCGCCCAGUUCCGAACACACCCUAACGUCGACAAGAACCUGUUCAACAGCUCCAAGGUGAUCCAAAUGAGCAACACCGCCCGUGGCUUCCCUACCAACCAGUCAGUGGGUGUUUUGCGCUGGAGGGCAACAGCCAAGGCAGACGACACCAGCGCAUGCCCCAUCACCUUUACUGUUUGGAUCAACAAGGAUGCAGACAAGUACAACAUGACUGUCGAGUACGAAUUGACGGGCGGUGACACGCUGAAGGACGUCAGCGUGCUCAUCCCAUACCAGACCAGCGAGCCGGUGGUUUCGAGCUUCGAUGCCUCGUACGAAGUGUCUGGCGACUCUCUUGAGUGGAACAUCGGCACUGUCUCAGAGGACAACCCAAGCGGCUCUUUUGAGUUCGAGGCUGAGACGAAUGACGAGAAUGACUUCUUCCCCAUGACUGUCCGGUUCUCAAAGACAACUCCCUUCAUUGACGUCGAUGUGAACAGCGUUUCAUUGCUCGAAGAAGACGAAGAGGUUACCUUUUCCAAGGACGUCAAGUCCCACGCGGACAAUUUCUUCAUUGAGUAG